CAUGACAGCGUGUUAUUUUAUGCGCAUGCGUUAUCAAACCGGAAGCAAAUGUCUGCAAAAUGAAAAUAAACAACUGAAAUUAUACAAUUCUAUCGUUGUAUUGAUGUCUGAUAACUCCAGCCAAGCCUAAAAUGACCACCAUAAAAAACAUUCUUCAGAAGGAGUUAUUUCUCCCGAAUGAUGAGCGACUUGUAGGCAUUGCUAAUGUCGCACAAGCAGGCAAGAAGAAGAAGAGCAGCAAGCAGAGCUUUUUGUGUGUUGCUGUGUUCACCAAUGUUGAUGGAGUAAGCCACGUAAAUGUCUAUCUGGUCAAGAAGUCAGAUAAGGAAAAGUACAAGAAAAAGCUGACUUGGCCCCUAAGAGACCUUAAAGUGGUGGAUGGAAAAGAUGCAAAUAAGGAGCAUGCAGACUUUGAUCUCCAUUUGGAGAAGGUCUAUAAAUGGACAGCCAGUAGCGUUUUAGAGAGGAAUGCUUUCAUUUCCUGUUUGUGGAAGCAUGCACAACGGCACCUUCAGCACAUGAAACCAAAGUUUGAAAAUGUUCCAGAGGCCCUGCUCGAAGAGAUCAUUAAGCCACUAGCUGGAGGUCACAUGACCCAGGAGGGUGUUUCCAUGGUGAUGGACGAGGACUACCAGGAGCUGACUACCAAGGAGGAGGAGGACAUUGAGUCUCUCAUGUCAGAGUGCGCAGCCGCCAUCAGCAACGCUGAGACAUUCACCGAACAGCUGUCCAAGAAACUCUCCAUUCUUGACGGGGCCAAUAUGCAUGUAAUCAUGGGCAGUGAAGACCAGGUGUUCAAUCUGAUGAAGCUACUGGAUGACGGCAUCAAGCAGGCUGAAACCAUAGAGAGUAAACUGGACUCCUAUGAUAAAAUUCUACAGGGCGUGAAGGAGCAGAUGGAGAUGAUGAAGGAGAAAGACACCCUGAUGUCUGUCAGGAACCAGAACCACCAGAAACUGCUGGCAGAGUUAGAGAACCUUGUGAAACAACUAGAGUUAGAAGAAAAGUAUUCCAGUUCAUUGUCUAAUGGAGACCUGUCCACCCCUAACGGAAUUCUAGAUUGUACAGCGGCCGCUCAGCAGCUACAGAGGUGUCAACAUGCAGCCAUCCACCCAGCCUUGAAGAAGAUGGGUGCUGCUGAGGAACAGCUGCGCAAGUUCAACCAGCUUGCAAGCAGCUUCUCCAAGAGGCUAUCCCAUUACCUCAACAAUCUGUUCAUACAUCAGGGUAAUGAGAUGGGAGAGACUCUGAGCCGACAAUCCUCAGAUCUACGCCUGCCGCCUCACAAUUCCAGUCACCGGGACCUUACGCCCUACACCGAACUCAUGGCUUGGCUCAAACAGUCUGACAGAGAUGCUUUCCGUCAAUUGACUAAGGUCUACACCAAUAAUCUAUCAAAGCUAUACGUGAAAGAAAUUCAGUUCUUCCUGGAGACUGCAAAACAAGUGGCGGUUGGGAAGGGAGACAAAUCCAGACUAAACAUCAGCGGUGGGCGACUAUCAGGCUCCUCUGCCAGCCUCAGUACACCCAUGGAUGCCAAGAACCGCGCAGGCUCUGUUCACAGCAUAGACUCUGCCAGCGUUGCAGAUGGUGACAUGGCCAUGAGGCACUUGUUUGAUCAGGUGUUUGACAAAGUGCUAUCAGAGCUAGAGCCUAUGUGUCUGGCAGAGCAAGACUUCUGCUGCAAGUUCUUCCAUCUCCAAUCAGGGGUUCAGCAAGCCCCAAAGCAGUCGGAUGUGAUAGAUGAGGCAGAGGACACAGGGGAUAUCUGGAUGAAGCAGAAGCCCAAGAUCACUAUACAGCUGGCGGAGGAUGAUUCAUACCCCAGGGAGUACAUAGUGGAGAACCUGGGUGAGGGCCUCACAUCGAAGGUGCCCACGUGGCAGUUGAGACAAAUUAAUGAUGAAAUAAGAAGUCUUCUCACUGACCUGUUUCCAAACUUACAAGAUGACCUAGAUGGGUUUAUUCAGUCAUCAGAUAGGCAAGAUGGCUAUUAUUCGAUGUACAUGUUGGUGAGGAUGAAUGAACACGUGGCCAACACGCAGGAUGCUGGGUCCUUCUUGAGUGUCACCUUUGCAAGCUCCCUCGUCAAAAUUAAGAGGAAUUUUGACAAGUUUGUGCAACAGCAAAUAAAAACCAUAGAAGAAAACAAGGUGUCGAAGAAGGCAAAGUGUGGUAUCAUCAGCUUUGUUCACACUUUUGAGGACUUUGCAAAUCAGGCAGAGGUCAUCUUCCGUAAUUCGGAGCGUCACACAGACUUGGACAAGGCAUACCAGAAGCUUGUGGCGGCCAUAUUUGGCAGCAUCCAACGCAUCGCUGCAGAGCACCCAAAAACUCCAAAAGAGGUCAUCAUGAUGGAGAACUUCCAUCACAUGCAUUCAACCCUGUCCCAGUUAAAGAUCCCCUGCUUGGAGAAUGAGAAAAAGGAAGCCAAGGCCAAGUACAAUGAGUACCUCAGUGCUUACACCAAGGAAAGAUUGGGGCGGCCCCUGGAAAAACUUCAUGUGUUUGUUGAGGGGGUGAAUGCAAAGAUGAACCAGGGAGUGAAGCCUGAAGAGGUUGGGUUUCAACUUGCUUUCAGCAAGACAGAGUUACGCAAGGUGAUCAAGGAGUACACGGGCAAAGAGGUGAAGAAAUCCUUAGAAAAUUUGUAUAAGAAAUUAGAGAAACACUUGAGUGAAGAAGAGAACCUUUAUCAGGUUGUGUGGGUGUCCAUGCAGGGCGAAUUCAUAGCACAGUAUAAGUCAUAUGAAGAGCUGAUCAGAAAGUGCUACGCAGACUCCAACAUCACCCUGGAGUUCACCAUUGACAAUGUCCUAGAGUUCUUUUCCAAUAUUGCCCAGUCACAUUGAGUUUACAUCAUACUUCUGCCAUUUUGUUGUCAAUAUUUUUCUUCACUUAAAUUUGUGCUUGAAUGAUUUGUUCAUUGUAAUUUCUGGCUUGUAAACACGUUGAUUUAAUGCCUUCAUGGUUGAAUUUUAGCUCUUUAAAACUCAAAUGAUUAUUUCUUUAUAGAUGAACCAUGCUAACACAAAACAAUUUUCAUGGUUAUAUUCUUGCACUUAAACUCAAAUAAUUAUUUCUUAACAUAUAAACAACGCCAUCUCGAAACCAUUUUUUAAGUAUACAACAAGCAUUGAGUUUUAAUAUAUCAUGGUACAUGUGGAACAUAACUAUGCCAUCCAUUGGUACAAAUGCAAGUAUUGCAGUGAAUAACCCCUAUAGGUUCAAUAUUGUGUUGGGUAUAAAAUGUCUCUUUCUGUUUUGAUAAUUCAUUUUUGGAUAUUGUUAAAUGGCUAUGGACCUUUAAACAUUUGUAUUUAUUAACAUAUUCAGAUAUUCACAUGUGCUAUUUAUUAACUUGAAGGUCCCACGAACAAACACUUGUAGUUUUUCAAGAAUUCCACUGAAAGUUUUGUAUGUGUCAUAUAUGAUUAAGAUAUAAGUUGAAACAAGGAUAAAUGUGACAUUUGGAUCUAACAGCAUUACUGCUAUUUUAAUUUGAAAUGUUAGGUGGAACAGUUCAGUUUUUAAACAUUUUUCUGGAUUUUAACAAGAUCCGUUACAUGAUGAGAACAAUAUGAGCCCCAUCGUGUGACAAUGGACCUUAGGGCAUAAUUAACCCUUUGCAUGCUGGGAAAUUUGUCAUCUGCUAAAAUGUCGUCUGCUGAAUUUCUAAAAUUAGCAUUUUCUUCGAUUUUUUUUUUCAAAGAAUACUACCAGAAUAGCAAACAGUUUGGAUCCUGAUGAGACGCCAUGUUCUGUGGCGUCUCAUCUGGAUCCAAACUGUUUGCAAAGGCCUUCAAAAUUUGGUUCCAGCACUGAAAGAGUUAACAGUGCAGCUUCAGAUCAGUCUCUGUAUCAAUAUACUCUGAGGAGGAGUCAUGUUUGCUACCUUCAUUCCUUGUUAGACUUUAUAGCAGACAGGAUACAUGUAUCUUCUGACCAGACUUGGCGACUGCUUUUUAUGUCCCCCACCACUAUAGUGGGGGACAUUUUGUUUUUGCCCUGUCUGUCUGUCUGUUGGUCUGUCUGUCUGUUGGUUUGUUUGCUCCAACUUUAACAUUUUGCCAUAACUUUUGCGAUGUUGAAGAUAGCAACUUCGUAUUUGGCAUGCAUGUGUAUCUCAUGGAGCUGCACAUUUUGAGUGGUGAAAGGUCAAGGUCAUCCAUCAAGGUAAAAAAAAAUCAAAGCGGUGCAAAAGGGGACAGAGUGUUUCCGACAAACACAUUUUUUGUUGUUUAUACUUUAUAUUUCAAUUUGAGUGCAAUAUUCUAAAUCAUAUGUAUUUUGUAUUAAAGGAAUUAUUAUUCACCUUA